CAGCAAACGGCGAAGGUACAAAACGGUAGUUGCCUGAGUCGCCUGUCUGCACUGGUAUUGACAGUUGCAUACUUUCCUUAUAGCGCAACACCUUCGCCUGGCUGCCAAGCGAACAGCACCCACAGCAAGCCUAAAACUUUAUGCUUGUCAACUCUGCAGCUACUCAAUUAACACACAACCGGAAUCCGCAAUCCAGGGCCUACCAGCGUCAGAAGGCACACCUUCAUUCACCUGCUGCACCCCAUUUACAGCCACCUUUUUCAUCCUAAUUAUCCAGAACUCACGACGACGGCUACUCAUCAUCAAUCCAAAGCAAGGCAGCGCGGCACAUGGGCGCCGCUUUCAGCUCUCCGCGAGGAGCCAUUCCAACCAUGGCAUCCUCACCCACACCACCUCCUCAAUCCUCCUUCUCACCCCUAGCACGUGUCCCUCACGGAACCCUCAGCGCAGCUUACGCCGACCUUUGCGAAGGACCCUGGCCCGGCUCCGGCCAGCUUCCUGUCGUAUACCAUCCGUCGUACAACAUCAGCUUCAUGGGCUUUGAAAAGCUGCAUCCCUUCGACUCGUGCAAGUUCGCCAAAGUGGUUUCGGAGCUUCGAAAGCGGGGGGUGCUGCGGGAGGGGCAGACCAGCACCCCCCGCGAGGCCGACCCCGGCACGGUGCUGUCCGACGUGCACACGGCCGACUACCUGCACCGCAUACACCACGAGAACUUCACAGUCGUGCAGGUGACGGAGCUGCCGGCGCUGUCCUUGCUGCCCAACGUGCUGCUGCAGAACAAGGUGGUGCAGCCCAUGAGGCUGCAUGUGGGCGGCACCAUGCUGGCUGCCGGCCUAGCCCUGGAGCGCGGCUGGGCCAUCAACCUGGGUGGAGGCAUGCACCACGCGGCGGCGGACCGGGGCAUGGGCUGGUGCCCCUUCGACGACAUCGCGCUGGCGGUGCGGCGGGUGCGGCGGGCGGUGGCGGCAGCGGCAGGGGAGCAGCAGGGGAGGGUGGUGGCUGAUGGCGAUGAUGGAGCUUUUGCUAGUGCGGCUGGUGUUGCUAAAGUGCAGGCUGGGGCUGCGGAGGCUAGCACCGGCCGUGGUGGUAGUGGUUGUGGAGGGCAGGGCAGCAGUAGUGGCACCAGCGGCAGUGGGGUGCUGCGGGUGCUGCUGGUGGAUCUGGAUGCGCACCAGGGCAAUGGGGUGGAGCGGGACAAGCUCUCCCUCCCCCUCCCCGACUUCCACAUCCUGGACGCCUACAACGCGCUCAUCUUCCCGCGCGACGAGACCGCCAAGGCCGCCAUCGACAUCCCGCUGGAGCUCAGUCCGGGCACAGGGGACGAGGAGUACCUGGGGCGGCUGCGGGAGGCGCUGGAGUCGGUGCUGGGGGCGGAGGGAGAGGAGGGAGAGGAGGCAGAAGCCAACAAGCGGGCUACGGUUGGGGCUGGUGCUGCUGGUACUGCUGCCACCGCUGCAGGCGGGGUCGCGGCCAGAGGGGGUAGCAGCAGCAGCGGCGGCAGCGGCAGCAGCAGACUGAGGCACGUCUCCGGAACCACCACCAGCAGCAGCAGAUUAGGAGGAGGAGGAGGCAGGCGGCGGGCACGAGGAGGCGUGCUGCCGGCGCCGCCGGACCUUGUAAUCUACAACGCGGGUACGGACGUGCUUGCGGGUGACCCGCUGGGUCGGUUGGGGCUGAGCAGGCAGGGGGUGGUCGCGCGGGAUGAGAUGGUGUGGCGCUGGUGCCGCGACGUGGCGCGAGCCCCGGUGGUGAUGCUGCUGAGUGGGGGCUACACGAAGGAGAGUGCGGGGGUGAUUGCGGAUUCGAUUGAGAACCUGUUCCGGGUGUUUGGGCUUGCGGGGAAUGAGAGUGGUGGGGGCGGGGACGGGGACGGGCACGGAGGUGGCAGUGGAGGAGUGGCUUUGAAGUCGGAGCUAUGAGGCUGCUGCGGUGUGGUGGUGGUGGUGAUGUGUAUUGUGUACGUUACGCAAGGUGCGCAGCGUACGGCGAACGUUAAGUACAGGGGCAGCAAACAGAGGUUUCGGAGGCGCAGGGCAACAUGGGUAUGUGGGUGUAGCCCCUACAUGUCCCAUGUACCCGUUGUACCAGUAUGGAUGUUUGAAUAACAGCCUGAGGGGGCUUUUCACGCUUCCUAGGGACGCGGAGUUGUGUUAUGACUCGCAGUAUUUGUUACUAAUCUUGGAUAACAGGAAGUGUGGAACCAAGCUUGUUGAUGGAUUGCACGGGGCGGUUAUUCGGCUGCUGUACGUGUGCGUAGGUGUGGCUGCUGCAUUUGGUUGCACUGCAUGAUGCUGCCAGGGAAACCCAGUUCCGGGGUUCCUGUCGGAGGGUGUCUGUGUAGGAUGUACAGCAGCUCGGCAGGAAAGGAGCUGCCCCGCCCUGGGUCCACCUGCCCCUGUCACUGCUGCAGGGGCGAGGGUGUAGCUGCGCGUUGUAGCGUUUUACAACCGGUUUGGAGCAUGGAUGUGCAGAGGUGCGUGACUCUGGAGCAAUUUUCAUGCUAUGGGAGCCGUGGUCACGAACAGGACCGGUCCCUCACCGAAUGAUGUCAUGACACCCACGUUGAUACACAGCAGUACCUGCCGUACUGCAGGCAGUUGCAGACUUUCCAAAGCCAUGUUCGCUUCAAAAGCCUGAACCAAAUAGUUAUGCGGCCUGUUCACGUAAUCGGUGCUUGACCUUACUUGUCCAGACUCAACCCUAGGGCCUUUGACCGACUUUCUUUUUAGUAAAAACCGAUAGUCUGUACUUUUCAUUUUUUUAACGGUGAACUGUGAAACUUAUGGCUUCGAUGCCUUCAGUGCCGCCUAGCGGACCCCCAGACGCGGUAGCCUCCUUCGACACAAAUCUAUAUAGCUGCUGCUCGAAUUGCUUUGUAUGCUUACUAGGUAGCUGCCUACCCUGUGUGCUGUAUGGCGACAUCUACCAUCGGUUACAUGGCAGCAGCUUCAUGUGGCAAUGCUGCCUAUCAUGCUGGUGUGGCUGUAUUGCGCGCUGCUGCUUUGCAGCUAACACGCGACGGAAACUGCGGUUAAAGUAUGCGCUGAGGGAGGAGCCCUGCAGCGACUGUUGCGUCCACUUCUGGUGCCACCAAUGCGCGCUUUGCCAAGAAGCGCGAGAACUGCAGUACCGGUACCCCGCGGCGCCAGCAACUGCAGCCCCACCAUUCACGCCGUAUCCGCAACAGCCAUUCCAGCACCAGCAGCACAUGUAACGAGAGGGAGGCCUUCCUGGCCAUACAGCUAUUACAGACUAGGGGGCACUGCGCCAACCGAUUAGGGUAUUCCCAUGUACAUAUAACGUAGCUAUAGUACCGUGCCUGUGGCAAGGAGGGGCGCCCUUUCCCAUCUCGGGUCGAGGCAAGCCCAUCCUAGCCCCGCGGCGUAGUGUAUGUCAUGACGUCAGCCGGGACCCGGCUGUGCGCACAUGUGAGCUCUGAUCUGGGUCUUCCGAUCAGCGCCGACCCUGCUGAGGGUUUCCUGGGGGCAAUGACGGAGCCCCCGGAGAUCUAUUGCGGUACCUGGGCUGGCCCUCAAGGCUGGAGGCUGGAGGCCGGCCCAACCAAGCCAAGUGCGUGGAAACAGCUGUCUACUGAGCUCCUUGCUUUACAGGAAUGGACCCAUGUGAUAUGCCGCUUACAUGCCUACUGUGACUUAUGGCUGUGGGUUGAGCAAGAGCAUGUUUGCGCCAGUUUGUGCCAGGCGUCUUGGCUCUGAAAGGGUGCUGAUAUCCGUACAUAGUUUAGGGAGCCAUGCAGGAUACUGCAAGGGAAGGAUAUGUGGUGGGGAUGAUGGGGAUUAACCUGCGGCCCUGUGUGGCCCAUACACUUGCGUCGGGAACUUCCUUGUACAUGAGAUCAUGACCGGUAUAUGUUUUGGAUUGCUUUCGUUACUAGCUCGUAUGGAUUUAGUGCAGUAGCCAUCUUUAGGUUCAAUAAAAGGGGUCUGUGGUAGCUGCUGUGCGCUCGCCUCUCUGCCAAUGGCGCUCUCUUUCUGGUCAUUAUUAAGCGCAGCAGCACAGCAAUGUCGCUAGCACGCCUUGCGUGGCAAUACUGUGAGUCAUGACGAGGGGUGAAAUAAGCAUGUGGGUCGGGAGAUGAGGGCGAUGCUGUAGUGUCGGCUUGCGUUACACGCGUUGCCCUGGUGUGAUAUCUUGUCCAGUUAUAUACUUCGAGAACUAAAAAGUGUUGUAGCAAACAUACACGCAAACGCAAACGAUGUUCGUGGUGCGGCCGGUUCUCUGCGGGCGUUUCCGAUGUACGGUAUACGUACAUUCGGAAACGUAGUUUGUAACGUUCCAUCUACCCCUAA